AUCAUCUUUUUGACUUUACUCUCUCAGGAGCGCAUUGGGAAGAUUCUCGACAUCACCCGUGAAGUCGUCCAUUAUGGAUAUCUCCCGUUAAUAUUGUAUCUGGGAUAUACUCGGAGUGAACCCAAACCUGCGUUGAUUAGCUUAAUCUCUCCUUUCGCAAACUAA